CAUUCGAUCAUCAGCUGUCUUCAGCUUCAGAGUCCACCAUGGCUCCUGAUGAGUUUCCUGGCGGGACAGUGGUGGCCUGUGUGAUCCUGGGCAUGUCGUUCCUGGUGGGGGUUCCGGGGAACCUGCUGGUGAUCUGGACCAUCCUGAGGCACGUCCAGCAGCGCUCCCACACCGUGGUGCUCAUCCUCCACCUGGCUGCUGCAGACCUGCUGGUGCUCAUCACCCUGCCCCUGUGGAUCUACUCCCUGGCCCGCUCCUGGGUGUUCGGGGAGGCAUCCUGUAAGGCCAUGGUGUACAUCAUCAACACCUGCAUGUACAGCAGCGUCUUCCUCAUCACCCUCAUGAGCGUCGAGCGCUUUGUAGCUGUGCGACACCCCUUUGCCUCAGCCGGCUGGAGGAGGAAGAAGGCCUUGAAUAAAGUUCUUCUUAUUCUGUGGGCUGCUGCGUUCCUAUUCAGCACCCCGGUCUUUCCCACCCAGGUGGUGGAGGGGGACCUUGGGGAGGAGCAUUGCCUGUACAGGGACUACACCUCAGACGGCCAGGAGGCAGUGUGUGUUCUACUGGAGACGCUGGUGGGCUUUGCUGUCCCCUUUUGCAUUCUUGUGGUCUGCUACAGCUGUCUCUACAGCCGCAUUGCACAGAUUACCUUUAAGUCCAAGCGUAAGUCCAUGGGGUUGAUUGCAAGCAUGGUAGUGGUGUUCGCAUUAUGCUGGACCCCUCACCACGUCGGCAACGUGCUCUCCCUCGUCAUCCUCACCAUCAAGGGGUCCCACCGAGAGGCCGCAGCGCGUAUAGAGAGCGUCAGAACCACCAUGACUUUCAUUGCUGGAGCGCUCGUGUUCAUCAGUAGCUCGGUCAACCCUUUGCUCUAUGUGUUUGUGGCGCGUACGUUCCGGCGUUCUCUGAGGGAGACAGGCAUUCAGAAAUUGUUCCGGCAUAUCUCAAGCACAGCUCCCGGAGAGGGGACUAAAGAACUGUCCUUUGUGACCAAGAGACCAAGCAUCUCUCAGACACAGAGCCACAGCUCCCAGUGUGUUACAGAGCCUAAGGAACAAAUGGAUGUACUUAUAAAUGUAUGUGAAAACGUUUCUUCCUGAGAUUGAAAACAAUGUUUAUCAUAUGUUUUUGAUAAAGAUUUUUGUGUGUAAAUGACACUGUUUAAUUGGUCACAUUGUUUCUAUAUGUUAACUAACUUAAAAUGUAGAAGAGCAAUUGUUAGUAAUGUUUACGUCAAACAUAAUGCACAUAAAAACAUUAAAAUAGGUUCUGUAUAUAAUUUUACCUGUGGUGAAUUUGAAUUAACUUUUGAAAUACUUUUUAACAUAUACACAUUUUUCUAUGUAGGCCCCACUGUGUUAGACACAUUUUUCUAUGUAGGUCCCACUGUGUUAGACACAUUUUUUUAUAUGUAGGCCCGACUGUGUUAGACACAUUUUUCUAUGUAGGUCCCACUGUGUUAGACACAUUUUUCUAUGUAGGUCCCACUGUGUUAGACAUGUUUUUCUAUGUAGGCCCACUGUGUUAGACACAUUUUUCUGUGUAGGUCCCUCUGUGUUAGACACAUUGUUCUAUGUAGGUCCCUCUGUGUUAGACACAUUUUUCUAUGUAGGCCCCACUGUGUUAGACACAUUUUUCUAUGUAGGCCCCACUGUGUUAGACACAUUUUUCUAUCUACGCCCCACUGUGUUAGACACAUUUUUCUAUGUAGGCUCCACUGUGUUAGACACAUUUUUCUAUGUAGGCUCCACUGUGUUAGACACAUUUUUCAGUUGUGGUAUCAUGCUCAUUUCAUGCUCAAAUGUUUUUAUAUUCCAUGUGCCACAGAAGAAAGAGCUUCAUAGAAAAAAAGGAACAUAGUGUCACUGUAUAUGUUUGUCUGAAGCUAUAUGAUAUGAGUAUAAUGACUGAGUGUACUGUAUGUAUUCAGCUGCUUAUCUUGAGGCCUUGCCUCAAUACAUUUAUUUUAGACCCUC